UGUUCAAGGGGCAAAGUCUGUGAGGGAUAGCCCUCUUGAAGCUAUAUUCAUCUUUGUCUGUCCACCAUCAAUGGACCAGCUUGAGAAGCGCCUCCGCGCAAGGGCGACUGAGACCGAGGAACAGAUCUUAAAACGACUCCAAAAUGCUCAGGCAGAGAUUAAGCAAGGCCAAUCAUCAAGCAUCUUUGAUCAUAUCUUGUAUAAUGAUAAUCUUGAGGACUGUUAUGAGAGUCUUAAGAAACUCUUGGGACUUGAUGGAAAUGUCACUGCUUCCCCUAAAUCAUCAAUAAAAGGGGUUGAUCUUCCUAUGGACCUAUCAAUAUCAAAAAUUGAUCAGAAAGUCAUCAUUAACUGCGGAAAUCCGGAACUAAAAACAGCAUCAAAGAACUUGAUUGUGAUGGAUUUGUCCUCACUCAAAGGAGGGGCACCUGGGCGUACAAGAGGGCUAGAUUUUUAUGCCAUUGACUCGUUUUCAGAUGGGUUGAAUGGAUUCAACCAGCUGCGCUAACCAUCAGCGGCUAUACUAACUUGGGGGGGUCUCAUUUUCAAAAAUUCUCUUCAAUCUUUUCUUAUUUAACGUUAAAACGGGGAAAAAAAAUAAAAGAAAGUGAAAAAGCUCUAGAUGUUAUGUGAGACCAUGGCAUUAUUUGAAUUUUUUUUUUCCCUUCUCUAUGUUCUUUUUCUCCCCCAAUUCUUUGUUUGUUUUAGAAUACUGGAACAAUUAACGUUUCCUACAUGAGCAAUGAGAAAUGAUUUUAUGAUU